AUGGACCCUCCCAUAUGCCUGGGGCAGAGACCCAUAUCUCCCACCUCAGGAUUAAUGGACACUGCCCCAGCCGUGGUUUUCCUAGCGUUGAGUGGAAUCAGGGGUGGGGCAGGGGAGCUCGACAAAGGGCUAUCCUUGAAAAUCCUUGCCCUCUUUGUAGGAGACCUCGNAGGAUUAAUGGACACUGCCCCAGCUGUGGUUUUCCUAGCGUUGAGUGGAAUCGGGGGUGGGGCAGGGGAGCUCGACAAAGGGCUAUCCUUGAAAAUCCUUGCCCUCUUUGUAGGAGGCCUCAGAGCUUGU